CGUCGAUCACGUGUAGUGACGCGAUCUUACAUGCCAAUUGCCAUGGCCUGGGUUCUAUAAUACCCGACCGUUCGUUACCUCAUUUCUGCCGCUCUAAAACCCUAGUUGCUCUCUGAAACCCUAAAUCCCGGCCAUGGCGCUCUCUCUCCGCCUCCGCCGAGCCCUUGUCCUAUCCUCCUCCCUCCUUAGAAGUCGUCCCUUCUCCUCCAUCGCCUCGUCUUCUUCCCCUCCUCUCCCUGUCUCGCCGCCCCGCGCCGCCCCGGCGCUCCUCGGAAACUCUAGCAUUCGGCCCCAUUAUUGCAUCCAGUCUCUCUCGUUCCGGUCGUCGGCGAUGGUCUCUGACCGCUGGGCGGACGGCGGCGAGGAGAGGAAGAUAUCGCCGGACGAGAUUUUGUUCGAGGGUUGCGAUUACAACCAUUGGCUUAUCACAAUGGACUUCCCCAAGGACCCCGCUCCCACCCGCGAGGAGAUGAUCGAGACCUACAUCCAGACCCUCGCCAAGGUCGUCGGCAGUGUGGAGGAGGCGAAGAAAAGAAUGUAUGCAUUAAGCACCACAACCUACACUGGUUUUCAAGCUGUAAUGACUGAAGAAAUGUCGGAAAAAUUUCGAGGUUUGCCUGGAGUUGUCUUUAUUUUGCCGGACUCAUAUAUUGAUCCAGUAAACAAGGAGUAUGGAGGAGACAAAUAUGAGAAUGGUGUUAUCACUCCAAGGCCUCCUCCAAUUCAAUAUGGAAGGCAAGGAAGACCGAGAAACCAAAACAGGUAUGACCGGCCAAAUUAUAACAGGCCGCCACCACAAGGAAACCUGCCACCUGGGAACCCAGGCUAUGUUCAAGGAGAUGGAAGAAAUUAUGCUCCACAGCAGAACUAUAGCCAGGGUGGACCAGAUGGAAGGGGCUAUGGUCCACCUGGAGGUAGAGAUUUUCCUCCUGGAGAGAGAAGGGAAUUUGGGCAAGGUGAACGAAGGGAUUAUGCACCGGCUGGGGGAAGAGAUGGUUACCAGGGAGAACUGAGAGAUCCCAUGCCUUCGUAUCAAAGAGAUUUUAACCAAGGAGAUCGAGGUAAUUUUGGCCCUUCAGAGCAGAGGAACUUCCCACAAGGACAGGGAAGAGAUUAUAGAUAUGGUGGCUCCCCUGGUUUUGGAAAUUAUGGGCAAAAUCCAGGCCCUGGUUAUGGAGAUUACAGACAGGGAUUGGGUCCUGGUUACAGCGGACAAGGUUAUGGUGGGGAUAACAGACAAGGAGCAGGACCUGGAUAUGGGGCAGAUCAUAGGCAGGGAGGAGGUUCCAGUUAUGGGCAGAGCCACCCUGGUCUUGUCGAAGGACAACCACAGCCGUGGCAG